AGUUGCAGAAGUGGCUUGGGAGUAUCUCAUAAAAAGGACGAGACUCGAUCCGGAUCUCAUGAAAGAGAUCAUAGAGCAGGCAACAGGCAUAAUAUUGAUCAAAAUGUGGAAGCGCGAACACAAGGCAAUCAAACUGGCAUGAGGCGAAAUUCUGGAGAGGGAGAAAAUGUCCCAGAAAUUAGUGAAGCAACUCAAAUAGAUGAAGGGGAUGGGGAUCCAAAUGUCACAGAACUUUCGCAAAGCAACCAAAAUGUAACGGAGCUGGCACAAAGCAGUGAUGAGAUGCAAGGACAGACAGAGGAACCCAACGGCAGUAAUAUUGAUCAAAAUGUCCUAGAAAUUAGGGAAGCAACAGGCAACCAGAAUACCACAGAAGAAACACAAGGGGAUCAAGAAGAGAAUCUAAUAAAGGAGUACUACUUGAGUAAAAUUGGAGAAGUUAUAGAAGAAGCAAUGAGUGCUUAUGAUGAUAAUGACAUGGCAAACCCCUUUAAAUUUUUGAUGAUAAAACACGGUUGCUUAUUCCUCCUGCAAAUGUUCUUUUUUCUUGGAAUGGGGGUAGAUAAACUUGAAACUGAGGGUGGACUCCAUGAGAUCCUGUUUGGCAGCGAUGAAAAUGACUACGAAAAUAGGAAGAGGAAGUUCUCUAAGGGUAUGGUGUUUCCUGGCAACCAAAUUCCACUGGUUGUGCUCAAUAAACUGAUCCACCAUUCUUUUUUUAAGAAGCUUGCUUUAAAGCAGGAUUGGAAAAAUCCACCUUCUUCAGAUCUACUCAAAACUGUCCUUUAUGACUUGAUCUUGGACCCUGUGCUCAAAAUGAGUCGAAGCAGCGGUAGCACAUAUUCUGAUCCGAGUAAAGAGUAUACAGACGUACUUCAUGGGCUCCACUGUCGAUGGGUUGGGACGGCUAGAGGCGAGAUCGUUGAAGAGAGUAGUCGUCACCAUUACCAAAAUGGCAACGUUGAUUUAGAAGUCGGGAUUAACAGAAAUUAUUUGGACCCCAAGGAUGAUGAUGAUCAAAGGAUCCCGAGUGCCACAUCAAUGUAUUCUAAAGGUAUCGACUUUAAGGCGGUAAGCGGCAUGGCAAUUAGGGAGAUUCAGAUCAAGGAUCGCAUGCUCAUAGGGAAGGUCCUUCAUUUGCCAGUCUUCACUUUCAAUGAGAUGACGAAGGAUAUGUACACAUAUCUGAAAGCUUACGAGAAUGAUCAGGGCCUAAGGGAAAAGGAGGUAAGUGACUAUCUGCGGUUUCUGUGCGAUAUUGUUCGCAGCGACCAAGACGCUGCGCUGUUAGGACGGAAGGGAGUGAUUGAAGUGGAGCCUCAUCGUAAAAUCCUGGUAGACGAGGUAGCCGUGUAUCUGAAAAAGGUGGCGUGUGCCGGCGACGGUACUUCCACGGACACGCUCCUCCUCCCACUCACCAGCACCCAUCUUCGAAAGGUGAAACUGGACAUCAUUAAGUAUCAUCUCAAACCAUGGUACUCUAAAUUUGUAACCUGCGCUGUGGUGCUGUCCCUGAUAUCAGUUUUCGUAUCAAUCUUAUCAGCCACCUUCGGUAUCCUCAGCUAUUUCUUACAGAGAAAUCGACAUCAUCAUUGAUCCAUCUGUCUCUGAGAGUCUGAGGUAGCUAAGCAAGUUUAGCAAUUUAAGGCUACCCUUCCUUAUCCCUGCUGCAAAUUUCU